AUGACCGAGGACUCCAGUGCCCUGCCCUGGUCCAUCAACAGGGACGAUUACGAGCUGCAGGAGGUGAUAGGGAGUGGAGCAACGGCUGUGGUCCAAGCAGCGUAUUGUGCCCCUAAAAAGGAGAAGGUGGCAAUCAAACGGAUAAACCUUGAGAAAUGUCAGACUAGCAUGGAUGAACUCCUGAAAGAAAUUCAAGCCAUGAGUCAGUGCCAUCAUCCUAAUAUUGUGUCUUACUACACAUCUUUUGUGGUAAAAGAUGAGCUGUGGCUAGUCAUGAAGCUGUUAAGUGGAGGUUCUGUUCUAGAUAUUAUUAAGCACAUUGUGGCAAAGGGGGAACAUAAAAAUGGAGUCCUGGAUGAAGCUACCAUUGCUACAAUACUCAAAGAAGUGCUGGAGGGUUUGGAAUACCUGCAUAAAAAUGGACAAAUUCACAGAGAUGUGAAAGCUGGCAAUAUUCUUCUUGGAGAAGAUGGCUCGGUACAGAUUGCAGACUUUGGAGUUAGUGCUUUUUUAGCAACUGGUGGUGACAUUACUCGAAAUAAAGUGAGAAAAACCUUUGUUGGAACCCCUUGCUGGAUGGCGCCUGAAGUUAUGGAACAGGUUCGUGGUUAUGAUUUCAAAGCUGACAUCUGGAGUUUUGGGAUCACAGCCAUUGAACUGGCCACAGGGGCAGCUCCUUAUCAUAAGUAUCCGCCAAUGAAGGUUUUAAUGCUGACACUGCAAAAUGAUCCUCCUUCUUUGGAAACUGGUGUUCAAGAUAAAGAAAUGCUGAAAAAAUACGGAAAGUCAUUUAGAAAAAUGAUUUCAUUGUGCCUUCAAAAAGAUCCAGAAAAAAGACCAACAGCAGCAGAACUGUUAAGGCACAAGUUUUUCCAAAAAGCCAAGAAUAAAGAAUUUCUUCAAGAAAAAAUAUUGCAGAGAGCACCAACCAUUUCUGAAAGAGCUAGAAAGGUUCGGAGAGUACCAGGUUCCAGUGGCCGUCUUCAUAAGACAGAAGAUGGUGGCUGGGAGUGGAGUGAUGAUGAGUUUGAUGAAGAAAGUGAGGAAGGAAAAGCAGCAAUUUCACAACUCAGGUCUCCCAGAGUGAAAGAAUCAUUAACAAAUUCUGAGCUGUUUUCCACAACUGAUCCUGUGGGUACUUUACUCCAAGUUCCAGAACAGAUUUCUGCUCAUCUACCUCAGCCAGCAGGGCCGACGGCUGCGCAGCCCACUCAAGUCUCCCUGCCACCCACUGCGGAGCCAGCGAUAGCAGCUCAGGCUCUGUCUUCAGGAGCAGGUUCACAAGAAACCAAGGUCCCAAUCAGUCUAGUACUAAGAUUACGGAAUUCAAAAAAAGAACUAAAUGAUAUUCGAUUUGAGUUUACUCCUGGGAGAGACACAGCGGAGGGUGUCUCUCAGGAACUCAUUUCUGCCGGCCUCGUCGAUGGAAGGGAUUUAGUCAUAGUGGCAGCUAAUUUGCAGAAGAUUGUGGAAGAACCCCAGUCAAAUCGAUCUGUCACCUUCAAACUGGCAUCUGGUGUUGAAGGCUCAGAUAUUCCUGAUGAUGGUAAACUAAUAGGAUUUGCCCAGCUCAGCAUCAGCUAA